AUGGUGCAGGUGGUACACCGCCACGGUGCGCGCAGCGCACUCAUCGACGACAACACGACGGAGAUUUGUGGCACC